GAAUACCGCUCUGUCUACAGAAAACAGCAACUGUUUGACAGUCUGGCAUUUUUAGCCAUUUCAAUUUUAUUUUUAUUUGAUUAUUUUAUUUUUAUAUUUUUUAUUUAUAUGCUUAUAUGAAUGAAAAAUAAUAUUAUAUAUAAUCAAAAUUAUAGUGUAACGUUCAUUCUCCAACUUCUGAUUUUCUCGCUUCUUCUUUAGACCUGCAACUCCACAAAUUGGAGAAAACAUAAAUAAAUCUUUAUAAUAAAUUAAACUUUAGAAAAACCCAGUUUUUGGUUUGACAAUUAAUCAUUUUUUUGAAGGAAAAAAAUAAUCAUAUUUAUUAAAUAUAUAAAAUUGUUAAACACCCAGUAAUUCUUUUGUUGUAUUAAAACCUUCAUCAUCAUCAACAUGAGUCUUUUUGGCCUUGGAAGCAGAAAUCAGAAGACUUUUCGCCCUAAGAAGAAUGCGCCAUCAGGGAGUAAGGGUGCUCAACUUCAGAAACAUAUUGAUGCUACCUUAGGUAGUGGAAACUUGAGGGAAGCUGUGAAGCUGCCUCCUGGAGAAGAUUUUAAUGAAUGGCUUGCUGUGAACACGGUGGAUUUUUUCAAUCAAGUUAACAUUCUUUAUGGAACACUCACUGAAUUCUGCACAUCUAAUGCCUGUCCAACAAUGACAGCAGGACCAAAGUACGAGUAUAGAUGGGCUGACGGAGUUACUAUUAAGAAACCCAUAGAAGUAUCUGCUCCAAAAUAUGUUGAAUAUCUGAUGGAUUGGAUCGAAGCUCAGUUGGAUGAUGAAUCAAUAUUUCCUCAAAAAUUGGGGUCCCCAUUUCCUGAAAAUUUCCAAGAUGUUGUUAAAACAAUCUUCAAAAGAUUAUUUCGUGUCUAUGCACAUAUCUAUCAUUCUCACUUCCAGAAGAUUGUGAGCUUGAAGGAAGAGGCCCACUUGAACACUUGCUUCAAGCAUUUUGUUCUGUUUACAUGGGAGUUUUAAGCUUCCGUAAUAUCCGAGUAGUCAUUGAUGAUUAAAUCUUCUAUUUCCAAAAGUUCGAGAUGUUGCAACUAUGAUGAAGAUUUGUUUCAUAUCCUUGAUAAAGAGAGAUUGGAAUGAAGUGACAACUGAUUCCAAAUAGAGGGAUCGUUUAACAUCCCUGAUUGGUUUCCGAACUUAAGUUUUAGCUUAUCAGCUGGGAUUUGAGAUGGUAGAUUAUUGAAAUGAACUGAAUAGAAGAAUUCAUGUGGACGAUCAUUAGAAAUGAUUUUUCGUUCAUGCAGCCGACCUCAAUCUUUUGGGAUUAUUAAGACUUUGACAUUGUUGUUGUAACUAGGAUUUAAGAACAUUGUGGCUUUUUUCUCCUUUUCUGAGCAGUCGUAACUGUCAAUUCACUAUGCAUCAUGCUCUGAUUUAGUUCACGUAGCUAGAAUGAUGAUGUGUGCCGUAAUAUUGACAAUGGAUAUGGAAUAUUCAGGAAAAUCAUUUCCGAUAACCUGUUUUUGAAUACAGGAAUUUCGCUUGAUCGACAAGGGUGAGCUAGCUCCGCUGCAAGACCUUGUGGAAUCUAUCCUGCAGUGCUAGUUAAGUGUCUAAAUGUUAUGGUGUAUGCUGUUAUGAUAUAACACAUUUUUGGAAAUUGUUUGGUUAACAUUUUUGGGUCAAUUAUGCCUUAAUAUUUUUGUAUCUUAAUUAUUGUUGAAUAAAUUUUAUCUUGUCCACAAGGAGAUGUUGCAAAAUGCAAUGCCAUGAUCAAAGGAAAUUUCAGGCAGUGCUGCUCUGUGCAACUGAGGAUUGUUUAGCCUCCAUGAAUAAGUUGUCACUGCUAUAUAAUCCCUCCGUCCUUACGAAUA